AAAUUGGUAUUAUUCCUUUCUUGUUUUCAGUAAUAUUCUUAACUGUAGGUUGCUUUUAUUUAUUGCCCCUGUCCAACAACAGGAAGUAGAACUUCUAGGAUGACAUUCGAGUUCGGGAGGACAUAUGUCGUGAGGCCCAAAGGGAAACACCAAGCUACAAUAGUUUGGUUGCAUGGCCUUGGAGAUAAUGGCUCCAGUUGGUCCCAACUUUUGGAAAGCCUACCCCUUCCUAAUAUCAAAUGGAUAUGUCCAACAGCCCCAACUCGUCCUGUAGCUAUACUCGGUGGAUUUCCUUGCACUGCGUGGUUUGACGUGGGAGAACUUUCCGAUGAUGGUCCUGAUGAUUUUGAAGGCUUAGAUGCUUCAGUUGCACAUAUUGCAAACUUAUUGUCAACUGAACCUGCUGAUGUUAAACUUGGUAUUGGAGGCUUCAGCAUGGGUGCAGCAACUGCGCUCUACUCUGCAACUUGCUUUGCACAAGGAAAAUACGGAAAUGGAAACUCCUAUCCAGUCAACUUAAGGGCUAUCAUAGGUCUAAGCGGGUGGCUUCCUGGUUCAAGGAACGUUCGUAACAAGAUUGAAGGAUCACUAGAGGCUGCAAGACGUGCCUCGUCUUUGCCCAUUCUACUCUGUCAUGGAUCGUGUGAUGAAGUUGUUCCUUACAAUUAUGGAGAGAGGUCUACCAUUGUCUUGAACUCAGCUGGAUUCAGGAACCUUGCAUUCAAAAAAUACGACGGGCUUGGCCAUUACACAGUACCAAGAGAAAUGGAUGAGGUGUGUAAUUGGUUAAAUGCAAGGCUCGGGCUUGAGGGUUGCCGAUGAUGAACUCACUCUUAAGAGUUUCAUGUUAUAAGUAAUUCAGGAGUGAGGACAAGUGCAUGAGGAAGCACUAAUAUGGGGGAGUAUACACUUACAAGUUGUAUGUAGUUAAUUACUAUAUGCCUUUGGUGAAUUCUAGGACUUAUCUACCAGUUUUGUCUCAAAAAUAAAGGUUUGGAUGUGUUUCUCUUUUCAUCACUUGUAGACAUUUUGUUUUCUUCAAUUCUACUCAGAAUUUUGGUAGUCAUUGUAUCAUGUUGUAUCAAUAUUAAUGGAAAUUGUGCUUAUUGUGUA